AUACAAGCACGAGAGGUGGACACAGUACCGAUUCGGAGUAGCGAGCCGGUGACGAUCACCAUUCAUGUCAUCGACGUCAACGACAAUCCACCGCAAUUCGAGCAGCCAAUCUAUACCGUCAACGUGUCCACGUUUGGUGAUGAAAGGCCGGUGGUCAAGGUAGGGGUCUUGUACAGAGCAGAUAAGGGAGCUAUGAGAAUAUUCCGUCAGCAAGAAGCUCCACUGACCAGAAAAUGGGAUAUCAGCUUCCCUAAAAUAAAAGAAACCGCACAUAUCGGAAAUAGAUUUCUUCUACUUUCAUGGCUUCACUUGGUUCAUGGUUCAUGGUUCACAUUUUCAUCAAUUGAAUACCAUUUGCAGGUGACCAAUGGAGCUGAAGGGCGGUUUCGUUACGACGACCCCACCAACACCCUGUACGUCAAUGGCGACCUAACACCUGGCGAGCGAUAUCAGGUAGUCAUCGAGGCCACCGACGGUGGAGGCAAGUCAUCGCAGGCGAUAGUGGUCGUUUUGGCCACUCAUUCUGUAUUCAGUUUGGCAAGCUUGGCUCCAUUGCCAGGAAUGGAGACGUUCGUGCCCAAUCCUGCUGCAUAUCUCACUACUCCAACAGUGGCUACGAGUGCCGGUGGGUCCUACUUUUAA